UAUGAACUUCAUCUUCUUCAUCAUCAUCAUAGUUAUCAUUUGCUAGUUGAUUUGGUUGUUCAUCAUCAUAUUGAGCAUAUUUCAUUAACCUAAAAAAUGCCCUAAUUCCCUUAUUUUGGAGAUCCCCAUUUCUAACUUCUUCUUUUUUUUAUCACUGGUUACUUCAUUCAGAAGCUAAUAACUUCAAUUUGCUUGAUUUCAGUAUUCGGUGAAUUGGGUUUUGCUGAGAAGUGAGUCAACUCAUCUGGGUGGUCUCUAAUCUACAGAAAUCCAAGAUGUCUGUUUCUCUUUUAUGGGUUGUGUCUCACUCUCACACUCCUGAUUUAUAUAGCUGCUGCGGAUUUUCAUCGAUCAUCAGAGAAGGAAACAGAUUCUUAGAUCGUUCGAAACCCAACGCCCGAAUUCGAAGUUUAAUCCGACAUGCAGAGUUAAGGAAGAACUUGAAACAUAAUUGGAAUUCUGUCUCUUCUAGUUCAGAUUUGAGGUAUCCAUACUUGUUAGGUAAUGGUGAAAGUGAAAGGAGUAAUAAAACCCAAAUGGUUAGGAGUAUGAUAACUACUAACCCUGCUUCUGGUGAAAUAGCGCUAUCAUCCUCUGAGCAAAAAGUGUACGAUGUUGUCAUGAAUCAGGCUGCUUUAGUUAAUAGAAAUAUCAAAUCCAAACCCGACCAAGAUGUUAAACCUGAAAUUAUCCUUCCGGGAGCGUUAAAUUUGUUAACUGAAGCUAAUGAUCGUUGCAGAGAAGUAUGUGCAGAGUAUGCCAAGACAUUUUACUUGGGAACACUGUUGAUGACACCCGAGAGACGAAAAGCAAUCUGGGCUAUAUAUGUAUGGUGUAGAAGGACAGAUGAACUAGUUGACGGUCCAAACGCAUCACACAUCACUCCAACUGCUUUAGACAGGUGGGAAUCGAGACUCGAAGAUAUUUUCGAAGGCCGCCCAUUUGACAUGCUUGAUGCUGCAUUAGCAGACACUGUUGCUAAGUUCCCAGUUGAUAUUCAGCCAUUCAAAGAUAUGAUUGAAGGAAUGAGGAUGGAUUUGAAGAAGUCUAGAUACAUGAACUUCGACGAAUUGUACCUUUACUGCUACUAUGUGGCGGGUACAGUUGGAUUGAUGAGUGUUCCCAUAAUGGGAAUCGCCCCAGAAUCUCAUUCCCCGACCGAAAACGUCUACAAUGCUGCCCUGGCUUUGGGGAUCGCAAAUCAAUUGACUAACAUACUUAGGGAUGUUGGGGAAGAUGCAAGGAGGGGUAGAGUUUACCUGCCACAGGAUGAAUUAGCACAUGCAGGAAUCUCCGACGACGAUAUAUUUGCAGGCAAGGUGACGGAAAAAUGGAGGAGUUUCAUGAAGAAUCAAAUAAAAAGGGCUAGAAAGUUCUUUGAUGAAGCUGAAAAAGGAGUAACAGAGCUCAGUGCUGCCAGUAGAUGGCCGGUGUGGGCAUCGUUACUUUUGUACAGACAAAUAUUGGAUGAGAUCGAAGCGAACGAUUACAACAACUUCACAAAGAGAGCUUACGUCAACAAGCAAAAGAAGAUCAUUGCAUUGCCAAUGGCGUAUCUCCAAUCUAUCGUUCCACCAUCGACAAAAAAUAACCAACUCCCUUGGCUAAAAGUGCGACUCUAAAUUGACAUUAAUUCUGUAUAUGAUAAGAUUUAAAAAGAAAAAGGGUUGCAGUUAGCAUCUUUUUUUUCAGACUGAAAAUAGUUGCAAAUUCUUUGCCCCUUUUCUUGUUAUAAUUAUUUUCUUUUUUUUAGAUUAUUUGAAAUUUUUGAUAAAUAAAUAAAAAAGCAAGUGUAUUUUAUUCUC